AUGUUAAAUUAUAAUUGUAGAAAAUAUAAAGUGUGCCCUCACGAGAGCCUAACCUUUGAUGGUGCUGUAAAAGUACCUCUUAGGUAUUUAGAAAUAUUGACAGUAGGGGACAACUUCCCUUUAUUUACUCAAGGAUGUACCAAUGAGUGUAAAGAAAAGAUGAUAAAAAUAACCCAAUAUGUGUACAAAUAUCAAUCCAAUGCCUUGUGCUGGUUCUUCAACGACGCCAAGUUAAUUAGAGAUAAAAGUAUCACCCCAGGCUCAUAUCUAGAUUCAUUAUCGGGACGUGGAAAUAAAAAAGAUUUUGAACAUGGUUUUGAUUUAUCAAUUGAAUUAAAUGAAGAUGGUAGCCUUCCAGAUUAUCCAAAUACCUUACAUAGUUAA